UUCAUCGCUUAUUCGCAGUCGCAGCCUUGGUAUUUAGGCAUCGCUGUGCGGAGAAACAGGAGAGUUGAGUGAGAGGGAAAAGAGAGGGAGAGGCAUGGCUGAAAUGUAUGGUUCAGGAGGCGGAGAUCAAUCCGCGCCCCCGAGGGGCCGCGGUGGUGGCUAUGGCGGUGGUGGUGGCGGCGACGGCGGUGGCGGAUAUGGCGGUGGUUAUCAGCAGCAACGUGGUGGUGGAGGAUACGGUGGUGGAGGCGGGGGCGGGGGCGGUGGUGGGUAUAACCGUAAUGGCGGAGGCGGAGGCGGAGGCGGAGGAGGGUUUGAUCGUGGUGGAAGCGGUGGUGGGGGGUUUGAUCGCGGUGGCGGAGGCCGCGGCGGCGGAGGUUUCAGAGGAGGAAGAGGCGGCGGCUCUGGCCGAGAUGGCGAUUGGCGUUGCCCUAAUCCAGGGUGUGGAAAUCUGAAUUUUGCCAGGAGAACUGAGUGUAAUAAAUGUGGCGCACCCUCCCCUGGUGGAUCUGGUGAUCGCGGUGGCGCUGGUGGGGGGUAUAAUCGGGGAGGAAGUGGAGGUGGUGGUGGUUACAGUGGGAAUCGCGGUGGUCGCGGCGGUGGCGGAGGUCGCGGUGGUGGUGGUUAUGGCGGUGGCGGUGGCGGUAACUAUGGUGCCGGUGGAGGAGGGGGAGGCAACUAUGGCAGCGGCGGCGGUUCUGGCGGUAACUACGGCAGUGGUGGCGGUGCUGGCGGUAACUACGGCAGUGGUGGCGGUGCUGGCGGUACCUAUGGUAGUGGCGGAAGAGGCGAUUCUUAUAGUGGAUAUGACAGGGAUGAUGGGUCGUACGGUCAAGUUCAACCACCUGCACCACCUUCUUACGGAAGUGAUGGGAGCGGUGGUGCUGGAGGAGGAAACUAUCCUCCUCCUCCGGCUGGCCCUCCCUCUUAUGGCGCUCCCGCUCCACCGAGUUAUGGAGCUACUAUUCCUCCUCCUGGAGGGUAUGGUGCCUCAUUGAAUCCGUAUCCAGCACCAAAUAGCUAUGGCGGUCCACCUGGUGGGAAUUUUGGCAGAGGAGAGCCGCCCGCAUCUGGAUAUGAUGGUUAUGGCCAAGACAAAGUAGGCGGCGGCUAUGGUGCGCCAAGGCCAGUUCCUGGUCGUGAUGAUUCACGGAACUCUGGUGGAAGCUAUGGUGCACCAGCCGAUCCACCUGCGGCUGCAAAGGUGAAGCAGUGCGAUGAAAAUUGCGGUGAUACUUGCGAUAACUCUCGGAUAUAUAUUUCAAACUUACCUCCAGAUGUAACGUCGGAUGAACUAAGAGAGCUUUUUGGGGGAUUGGACAGGUAUCUUGUCGAUACCAUUUGCACUCAUGUUGAUGCCAUUUGCCUGAUUGCUGUGCUGCUGCGUGCAAAAAAAUUUCUCCAGUGGUGGGAAGAUUAUCACAAAUUCAUCAAUGUUGGAAGAAUAAAACAGAAACGUGGGUAUAAAGAUCAAUGGCCUUGGAACAUCAAGAUCUACACUGAUGAAUAUGGCAACAGCAAAGGGGAUGCGGUCCUCUCUUAUGAGGAUCCUUCUGCAGCCCAUUCUGCUGGUGGCUUCUACAACAAUUAUGAGAUGAGGGGCUACAGAAUCAAUGUUGCAAUGGCAGAGAAGUCUGCACCAAGGGCUCCACCUGCUUAUGGUCAUGGGGGUAGAGGUGGUGGCUAUGGUGGUGGUGAUCGACGCAGGGAUAAUUAUAGAGAUGGUGGUGCUGGAGGGCCUGAUAGGCAUGGUCAUGGCGGGCAGCGUUCUCGACCUUACUAAACAUCUAAGCAUUCAUGUAUACUAUGAAAGUUUCUAUCUUAUGCUUGUUCAAGUUGUAUUCAAAUGAGGGCAUAAGGUAGGUUGGGUGCACCAUCAGAGCAAACGGCUUCCUUUUGAUUCUAGUUGUUGAAGGGAUUUUAGCUUGAGAUUAAUUGACUGCAUGUGGAUGUUUUUAUAGAGGCAAGUGGAAUACCUCGAAUGUGCUGCUUAGGUUGAGAAUUGAGAUAUUCAGGAAUUCCUGAUAACGUUUUGACAAUGUGAAACUUCACUAUGAUGCAAUGAUCAUCACUAGUAACAGCAGAUGGGAGGGAGGAUGAAAGCCUAAACUAAUAGACCAGCCAUCAUCAUCAUGAUCGUCGUCGUUCACAAGGAGGCAACUUAUGCAUGUAGGAGCUCCAGUGAUGCUUUGACAAUGUCAGGCUUCAAACUUUUGUGGGGAGAUUUAGUAACAGAGGAAGGGAAGGAGGACAAAUGCUUAGGAACUAGUGUCCCAGCCACUGCCGAGAUUGUCCAUUGGUUAUUCGCAUUUGAUGAUUUUUUUGGAGGACACUGAAAAGAUAGUUCCUGAUCAUCUUUCACAUGUCUGCCGGCUAGUGCCGGCUGGCUGAUGAGCCUGAGUCUGCAAAGUUCUUGUAUGUCAAAGUUUGUGGCCAUAAAAAGAGGGGUAGAAGGGGUUCGGCUUCCGUGUUUUGCAAGCGUUUUUUAUGUUUUGCUAAUUAGCAGUAGCAGCGGGUUGACCUUUUCGCUCUUUCCCCUUCUGUGGAAGGAAGGUGUACACAAAUUGGUGGUGCACCUACUUGUUUAGAUAAAUGGGAGAGCAAUCUUACCAUCUUAGGUGUUUUGUCCGGAGAUGAAAAAGUGGCAAGAUGUGUUUCGUUUGCCUUGCGGAGAAAAUCUCACUAUAGCAAUUGGUUACUGAAAAGGAGAAAGUGUACUUUGCUGUUUGUCCGACGCAUUAUUGGUUGGGCGCUGAUGUAUCUUACUAGAUCGAUGGGACCGAACGAAAGUAAUCGGGUGCUGCCGAACUGGUAGGAUCCUUUUUGUCUUCUGAAAUUUAGUAUUAGUCUAGUCGUUAAUUCAACAAACUUGGAAUCGUCGGCUCGUGAGGUGAAUGCUCUGUUGGUUCUUGCUUAUUCUGUUAAUAAAGAAAUUGAGGCUUCGUGCAUUGGAAGAAAACUGAGGUUUUGACAAGCAGUUUAUCUAUAUCAAAUUCUAGGCUUCCGUAAUAUUGAAGGUUCAACUGUAACCCCUGGCCAGUUAGACGGCUGCUAAACCAUACGGCCUUGUUGUAGGGUGACAUGCCCCCUUGAUGUACAAACGGGAAAUUUGGAUAUGUAUCUGCUUUCAUAUUA